GAAAACAAAAGGCAGUAACGCGGAGUGACAUAUAUAGACGAAGUGAGAAGACAGGAAAGUUUUCAGUUCAUCCACAGCGAGACGAGAAGACAAGCCAGAGACACCCAGCGGAUAAAGGGGAACUUCUUCUGUCCUUCGUGCCCCACUUUUAGAGGUUUUGGGGGGGAUUUUUAUCGUGUUUUUAGAUGCUGAGUAGCGAGUGACAGCCCUGCUUCAGGAACACAGCCGCACAGAGACAAACAUGGAGAACGGACAAAGCCGGCUGCAGCAGGUCCAGAAAGAUGUGGAAGAUGUGAAGGUCAUCAUGCUGGACAACCUGAACAAGGCCAACGAGCGAGAGGGCAAGCUGGGCGAGUUGGAGAACCGGGCCGACAUGCUGCUCGAGAAGAGCCAGAGCUUUCACAAGACGACAGUAAAAGUGAAGCAAAAGAAGAGACGGGAGAACAUGAAGUGGAAGCUGAUCUUGGGAGGCGUCAUUGCAGUCGUCGUCAUAGCCCUGAUUAUCAUUCUGGCUAUUACCACAAGCAGUUGAAACUCCGCAUAAGAGGCCUUUGGAAACGAAGAGCCUAUAACGUCUCUUCAAGAUGCUCGAGGGCGUUGAACUGUAGCUGCAGCUGUGAAAGUUCAGGAUGUUAGGAGUGUGAUGUGAAGUCAUGAACUAGAACAUUUUCGUUCUGUUUUUUAAAUCUCAGAGGUCUGCAUGUACAGCUGUUUGCGCUAGGCGAUGCAAUGGUACUAGUUGACACUCACUGCUGCUUCUGCCUCUAUUCUAAUGAAAAAAAAAGGUAACGUCCAGACCAGUUUCUAUCCUGAUACCUGUGGGACAAAUCUGAACUAUGUUGAGCUGAAGAUGAAGAAUUUUCAGCCGUUUCUGCUGUUUUGGCUUCUUCAAAAAUGGGGAUGUGUUGGAUCUUUUUACUCAUCUAGCUACAUCGUACAGCCUAAAUCGUCAGUACACUGAUACAGAAAGUAAAAUUUUACAACAUAUUUUAAAAUUUCUCUAUUGAAAUGUUUAUAAAAGUUUAUGUAUCUUUAUAAAAAGACAUUUUCUCAAAUUCAGAAGCUCACGUUCUCUCUCUUUGGAGAGGUUUCUGUUUCUGAGUUUGUGGUUUGUGUUGAAAUGUUCUGGAAGUUGCCAUAUCUGCAAACGUGAUCACUUUUGUCUUAAUGUAAAGUACCAUUUUCCUCGUUAAUGUGGUUCUGUUUUUUGCUCUUGAGCAAUCUACACAGUUCAUCACAGCUGGGGUCUAGGCUUGCUUUGUGGAGUUUACUAUGCAGUGUGAAUAAGAUGGGAAAUGAUGUGGUUAAUAAAACUCGGCCUCAGCGGUUUGACAGAGUUCA